AAACGCAAAUGAGGCAUGUUUGUUCCAUAUAGAUUAAAUAAACUCGGUUGACAAAGUCUUGCAAAUAAAGUGCCGAUCAUACAGCGACUGAAACAUAAUAAUAAUAUUGAAACUGGAAAGUUUUCCUCAGGCAUGUCUGAAGAUGCAAAGCAAUUGAGCUUGCGAAAUGUGUGGAACAAAUUAUUUUCCAUAACGACUUAAAAGCACAAAAAACUUGCCAGUUUUUAGCGAACCUCGUCAAUGCUUUUGGUUGAUUGUUGUCCAACAGCUCAAUAUCAGAUUCUUAAGCCUAAAAUAAUGGCAAGUAAUUUGCAAAUAUCUAAGUCCAGAAACAGUGUAGUUUCCAUUUAGUGUUUUUAACAUAAAUGGCUUUAUAAGCUCGUUGAUUAUCCAUCAGAACUACAAUAACUCUCGAUCGUUGCAUAAGCACAAACAAGGCGACGCUUUUUACCAAUUUCUUCUGCUGUGGAUGGAGUAUCACUGCAAUCUUUGGCCGGGCUGUUGGUUUGUUCAGUCCGAAAUGGAAAGUAAUAGUAAACACUAGGCAGUCUCGGUGCAAUUGCCAUAAUCGCUAUUAUUGUUGCAUAACGAGUUUGUGAUCUCAGCAGUCACUAAUCGGUUUUUUAGUGCCAAUCUUGGAUUAGUAGAAAACAAAAUUUCGAGUUCGAAAGCAGAAUGAACGCGCCAAAAACCCUCCCUCGCAUAGACCCCUAUGUAAAACCACCAGCCGCCACCAAUGGAAUAUCACCAAAAAUCAGCCAACUGCAUCAAAUCUACACUCAGCAACCCAAAGCCUCUAAGCAACAGCAAAAUGAACUGAAAAAGAAAUCUGAUUACAACAGCUUGGAGGACAUCCAAAUAGCAGCAACAACAGCAAUAAAAGGGGAAGACAGACGUAUUCCUAGACGCUUAAUUAUGGACCCGAGCGGAAAACCCCGGAGUAAAAAUGUGACUAGUACAGUGAAUAGUAAAUUUGAGGAAUUGAGCAAAAGAGCGGACGAUUUGGAGCAAAAGCCAUCGAAUCAAAGGGAACUCAAUUUGGACAACAAAAGCACGAACAGUGAUUUGCAAGCAAACAUUGACGCGGAUGUUGAGAGAAUUAGCAGGUAUAUGGACUCGAUAAUUGAUAUUGAAGAUGAGGAAAACAAUGGCUAUGAGAAGAACAGAGCAAAGCAGUGCUUGGACAUUUCCAGGAGAGCAUUUAAUAGUGGCCGAACAAGAAAACUGGCUUUUAGAGAAAAGCAGCUGAAAGGUUUGUUGAAAUUCUUGGAGAAUCAUCGAACGGAGAUAGAAGAUGCCGUUUACAAGGAUCUCAGGAAACAUAGGCAAGAAACUAAUAUUUCUGAAAUUGAACUAGUAGCAAACGAUCUAAGGCAUACUUUGCUCAAGUUGAAAGCAUGGGUUGGACCAGAAAGGCCCCAAAAAAGGAUUAUAAACUUCCUGGAUAAUGCGUACAUUUACAACGACCCUUAUGGAGUGGUUCUCAUCAUCGGAGCAUGGAACUAUCCAAUUUUGCUAACUUUAGGACCAUUAGUCGGAGCUUUAGCCGGAGGAAAUACAGUGAUUCUUAAGCCUUCUGAACUGGCGCCAGCCACCAACAAACUCUUAUCGGAGGUUUUAAUCAAUUACCUCGAUCAUGAGUGUUUUCAAAUAUACUUAGGAGGAUCUCAAGAAACUACAGAGCUACUGAAAGAGAAAUUUGACUAUAUUUUCUUUACCGGCUCGUCGAAAAUUGGACAGCGAGUUUAUCAAGCUGCCGCCAAAAAUAUCACGCCUUGCACUUUAGAAUUAGGUGGGAAAUGCCCUUUAUACAUUGAUAACACUGUAGAUAUGUACAAAACAGCUAAAAGAGCGCUUUGGGGAAGAAUGUUAAACAGUGGGCAAACGUGCGUAGCACCAGACUACAUUCUAUGCACUAAGGAAGUUGAGGAAAAGUUUAUCAAGGAGUCUGAAAAAGUACUGAAGCAAUUUUGGGGCGACGAUCCCAGUAAAUCUUCGAGUCUAAGCAGAAUCGUAUCGGAAAGCCACUAUAGAAGGCUUAUAGAGUUCCUAAAAAAUGAGCACGUGGCUCUGGGAGGCCAUACAAAUGAUCAAGAGUUAAUUAUGGGCCCAACUAUCCUAACUGAUGUGGAUCCGCAAAGUCCUGUAAUGGAGGAGGAAAUUUUUGGGCCAAUAUUCCCCAUUAUCAACAUUCACACCGCCCAAGAAGCGAUCGACUUUAUCAACUCGCGGGAGAAACCAUUAGCUCUGUAUGUAUUUACGAAAAAUAAACGAGUGCAAAAUAUGUUCCUAACAAAAACUUCGAGUGGAGGAGUUUCGAUAAACGACACAAUAUCUCAUAUAAGUACCGAAAAUCUACCUUUUGGAGGAGUUGGGCUGAGCGGCAUGGGAAACUAUCAUGGAAAGUUUGGCUUUGAUACGUUCACCCAUAAAAAAGGAGUGCUCCUCAAAGACCUUGGAGGCAUUUCCGAAAUGGCACUAAAUCUGCGAUACCCGCCGUAUUCCAACAAGAAAACCAACCUUAUUAAUAUAGUAUUGCGAAAAAGGCGUGGAAUUUAUUUGGGAUUUUUGGAUCGAGUUUUUAUAUUUUUGCUUGGAGUGCUUUUAGCUUUUUUGUUACAGUUUUAUGUCAAUAUUUUUUAGCGAAUUUCGGUGUCAAUUUCCGCCUGUGUUAAAUCAGUAGAAGCGAAUAAUAAAUAUUUGAAAUAGAAAAAA